CUUCCCUCCCUUUCUGCUCUCUGAAAUCUUGGGACAAUCUGCAUGCACUCAACUCCAGCGCAGAUCUGUUACAGCAGAGUAGAGUAAAGAGCACAGGCAGACAGUGAAAAAAAAUCUGGGUUCAAAUGAAGGGAGAAAAGUUCAGAUAGACAACAAAAGCAGGCCAAGACAGAAAGCCACAGCAGAAAGAAACUUUCAAAGGCAGGGAGAUAAAAGUGUGGAGAAAGUCAGGGUGAGAGACAGACGGAGAGCUGAGAUAUAUAUUCAGUUCUAAAAAAGAAUGGGCUCCCUAGUGAGCAGAGCUGCUGCUCUUCUCCUAACCUUUCUGCUGGCUUUGCUCUUUGGACUUUCCUCAGUCCUGGGCCAGGAACUGAGAGAGAGGGAUGCACUAUGCAAUACGGAUGGCUGCUUUGUGGUCUACUUCCAACGCAAGACCUUUCUGGGCUCAUGGAGGGCCUGCAAGGAGAAAGGUGGCAACCUAGCUACUAUCAAACGCAAGGAGGAUGCCACCACUAUUGCCACUCUCUUCUCCACUCUGGACUUGCGCCACUUGCGCACCAAGGUCCAGGUAUGGAUUGGUCUGCAGCGCCAGCCUCGCCAGUGUACCACCACACGGGCACUGCGGGGUUUCUCUUGGACUACUGGUGACCAGGACACAGAGUAUACCAACUGGCAGAAAGAAGACUCCCCUAGUAUGUGCUCAGUCCCACGCUGUGUGGUUAUGGGCUACAGCGCUCAAGAGCAGAAUGAUAACUUCAAAUGGCUGGACGGUUCCUGCUCAGUCUCCGUAGAUGGGUAUCUUUGCCAUUAUGCCUACAAAGGAAUGUGUUCUGCCUUGUGGAGUGAAGGAGCAGGCAAUGCCCUCUACACCACACCAUUUAACCUUCUAAGCACACUGCUAACCCAUGUACCCUUUGGAUCUGUUGCUACUGUGCCCUGCCCUGCAGGCACCAAAGAGGAACAGUCAGUUUUGUGUAUGCUGAAGGAAGAUGGCUCAGUGGGGUGGUCAAGAGAUUCCCCCCUCUGCUCCGAUCCCCCAGUAUCACACAACUGGUGUGACCAGGAUAACGGCGGAUGUGAGCAUUUCUGCAGGCCGGCUGGUGUUCACUUCUAUUGUGAGUGUGCCGAUGGGUAUCAACUAGGAGAUGAUGGGCUGAACUGUGAGCUGUCUGAUGUUUGUCAAGGGGCCCCUUGCGAGUUUGAGUGCCUGCCCCUUCCAGAUGGGUACCGUUGUGCCUGCCCUGAAGGAUACAUGCUUGCACCAGAUGAACGUGGCUGUCUGGAUGUAGACGAAUGCCUCCAGAGUCCUUGUGAGCAGCUUUGUGUGAAUGCUUUGGGGACAUUUGAAUGUCGAUGUCGGGAGGGUUACCAUCCGGAUGAUGAGGGUGGGUGCGAGGAUAUAGAUGAGUGUGUAAAUGACCCAUGUGAACAUGCCUGUGAGAACACUCCAGGUUCUCAUAUCUGCCACUGCCAUCUGGGUUUUUCCCCAGUGCCUGAAGACUCCAGCCGAUGCCAAGACACUGAUGAGUGCCAGAUCCCCGGGACCUGCGAGCAGAUGUGUGUGAAUUAUGAGGGUGGAUUUGAGUGCUACUGCGAAGAAGGCUAUGAACUCAUGUCUGAUCAAUACUCAUGUCGCAAGAGAGGGGAAGGUGAUGACCAAUCUGGUGUCACCUCUCCUUUUCCUUGGGUCACUCACCGGCCUGUGCCUGUAUGGGACCCUGUGGACUAUGACUGGAACCCACAGCAGAGCCAUACUGACUGGCCUCCAGAGGAGGAGCAAUCUCUGGACUGGCUGACUGACCCACCCAGAGUUUUGGAUUCUGAUGUAAUUUGGGUCACCAGUGCCCCUCAGGAGGAAGUGUCCUUUGAUUUAGCACUGGACCAUCCGACACAGGAGACUAAUGAAGAUGAGGAAGACAAAGACAAUGGAGGAGCUGACUGGUUGGAUUUGGGGCAGAGAUCUCAGUCUGAGCUGGAAGUUUUGCCAACCACCAUCUACACCACACCUCCACCCACUACCAACUCCAACACUACCCCAGACUGGCAUGAAGAUGAGGAGGAGACCACCACAGCUCUCCCCUUUCUCUCCACCUCUACAAUAUCUGAGGGAGCUUGGAAUUGGUGGGCGGGGCUCACCACUUCCAGCCAGAAACUAGGAAAUCCAGAGGAUUCAGUCAUAGAAAACAACAUGCCUAUGGAUCCCAGCGACCACAGUGAAGCAGAAGAAGAACAGUACCCCCUUAAGGAAAACUCUCAGUUCCCAGAGGAGGACUAUGUGGAGAUCACACACUCCCAAGUCCCAGCUGUCCCCACCCAUCUUACUCCUUCCCAGCCACCCCCAAGCAAGGGUGGAGAGAGCGGUGAAAUCUUGGAUUCUGUCCAAAAAGACAGGGGACAGAAGCAGAGUAGCACCUGGCUCCUGGUGGGCCUCCUUGUGCCCAUCUGCAUCUUCAUUGUAGUGAUGGUGGUGCUGGGCAUCGUCUACUGCACCCGCUGUGCUGUUCACCCACGCAAUAAGAAUGCCACUGACUGCUACCACUGGAUCUCUGGGGCUCAUGAUAAACAGGGAGCUCCUAACCCCUCAGCAGGGGUCAAGACCCAUGUUUAAACAGAGAAGAGAGAUAUUGACAUUUACAUAAACAGACUCCGCUUCAGAGGUAAACAGGAGUGAAUAAUGGACCUGGUAAGGGACGAGCUAACCUAGAAUAUUUUAUUCUCUCUGACUGUGGAACUGGCCUCUUUCUGAACACAUUUUGAUAUUACUGUUAAAUAUCAAUUGAUAGAGGUGGGGAAGGGACACUGAAAACCACUGACAUUUUUUGGGAUGGGGUUGCUAUGUGGUAGAAACUGCUUUGAUGUUUCAUACACUGACCACACAGCACAAGAUCUGAAUGCUUCAUGAUUGCACUAGGCUACAUAAUUAUAAAAUAUAUCCGUCUUCAUUGCUAAUGUAAAACAAUCUGCUAAUAUCUGAGAAUAAUGUGUGUAGUCAUUUAUUCAUUUCAUAAUUUCACAGCUGGAGCCAGAUCCUGCUACUGAUGGCAAAAGCAUUCUGCCUUAUUGAUGUAGCAAAACUUUACUAUGAGGUUUCUUCCAUGCAAAAUCCUCAGGCUCGGUUAAUUAAGUUUAAGUUAAUUAACAAUAACAUAUCACUGUAGAUAACUGUUACUGUCAACUGUGUUAAAGGGAUUUAAAUGCAUUGCGAGCACAGAUCAGCAAUAGGUGAAAGGAGACUGUAAGCAAAUAACCCUUCAAGUGAAAAGACAUUGUGCAGUCAAAUUAUUAUACUGGGAAAGCAAUAAUUUGAAAAUCAGUGUGUUGGAGUUGAAUGGUUAAGACCAAAACCUUCUUUGUAUAUAGUGGUUCCUUUGUAUUUAUGUUUGUUUCAUACUUGACACCAGCCAUUUUUUUUGAAAAUUUAACAAUUUUACUAAAUCAGUGACACACUAUGUUGUAGGGGCUGGUGGUUGACAUUAGCAUUGACAUUGUUCAUAAAAUGGCCAUCAGUCACCCUUCGUAAUCCUAAUUCAUUAGUACACCCUAGAGGGUUUUGUCUGAGACCAGCCCUGAACUGAUAAGGAGAAGAAAUCUGCAUUAACUUUUUUGGAGAAGUGCUCAUUGGAUAUUAUAUAUUGUGAAUUUUAUAGACCAAAGAAAAAACAAAUAAAUGUGAGGCACUAACAAAUAAACAAAAACACCUUUAAUUUAAUGGAUAAAUGACUAUUUAAUGGCUGGGGAAACAAAGUGCCAUUCCAAAUUUACACAUGAAAUAUGUCUUUUUUUUGACAGACUGUGAAAUAUAAGAAACACCUGAUGUCUUUUUUUCUGUUACAUGUUAAAUUGUGAAUUAAAAACUAUGACAAUG